GCUUCAGGCACAGGUCCUAAAUAAAUUGUAGAUUUUUAUGUGAAUUCUCGUGGCAUUGCUCGUGUGCUUUUUAAAAUUAUUUGUGCAAGGAAAUUUUAGACUCGUGGACAAUCUCAGUUGAUUGCCAGACAGGAUGGAGAACUCUGAGUGCAAGCCGCCACCGGUGGAGAAGAAGGAGAAGCCGGUGGAGGAUCUGAUAGACUGGGACAGCUACUACAAGAACCGCGGACUGAUCAGCACCCGAAUGGCGGCCAGCAAGGCUGAAUACAUGCACUGCUCCACUUAUCAGGAGAAGGGCAAGAACCAGGACAAAGGCAAAGGACAGGAGAAAGACAAGAAGGCUAAGGGCGCCUGCUGCUGCUCCUCUUGCCCAGUUCGCAAUCGGGAAGAGGUCUAUGAGGCCCGGUGCCCGGGUCCCGGUCAGAAGGGCAAGCCCAACAGGGAAUACAUGCGCUGCUUUGCCGCCAAAAUGAUCGUCCAAAGGCUUGACAUGCCUGGUAGGGAUUUCGAGUGCCGGGACAAGCUGCAGGUCAAGGCCAAUGUGUGCCGCGGAUGCAAGAUUUGCCUGGACGCCACUAGUAUCAAUGUCAACUGCCUUCCUGUGAAUCCUAAUAAGACCUUUCAGGCAGAGGCCGAGUGCCUGCAGAGGCAGCUGGCCGAGGGCAUUACAAUUUCCGUGGUCUACAUGCGCAAGGAGAUCGCGCGCGGCUGCUACUUUCCACCUGCAGCGGUGGUUCACCGCAUGGUAAACGAAUUCGACGAGAUAGUGCACGAUGCCAAUGUGGAACUGACCUGCAAAGGAUGCACCGUCGGCCUGGUGAACAUCCGCUUCUCCAUGAAGAUGAGCUGCCAGACCAUCAAAGAAGUUGCGGUCGGACGUUUGGCGGGCGGACAAGAUAGGGGGUGUGGCUCGACGGGCAAUCAAAAUGCAACCAGCUGCAUGGACAUGAAUGUGGACCCCCAGGACGCCUCUUUCAUGUCCUCCUCUUCUAUCGAUCCCUGUGUCGGCUUCAUGCCCAGCGACAUGGAUGAACCCAUUGAGCCCCAAUACUGCAGCGAAGAUGAAGAACAGAAGUUGUGCGAAUGUCAGAGUCCACCUCCUCGGCUAAUUGAUAUGGCGGGCCCCUAUCCCGUCUACUCCUGCCCCAAUGUGGACGACGGUUGCGUGACCUUUGAGCCCCCGGCGGGUCCUGCCACCCAGUUCUCCUCCUGCCAAAGAAACCUUCUGGGUGAAGGAUCCACAAACCGGUUGUGCCAAAAGUAUUCCUCCCCAAAGCUCCGGCAGAUGCACAUCGGUAACACCCGAUCCUGCGUCCUUUGUGGCGAGGAUGUCUCCUGGCUGCCCAAGGUGGCGGCCUGCCCCAGCUGUGGCUACAAGCCCGUGCCGGAGUUCAAAGAGCGACCCUAUGACGAGGAGGCCACUGCCCAACAGAUCCUCCUGGAUCAUCUGGAAAAUCCCGUGGAGGAUAUCAGUUUUGACCUGGGAUCGGUCGAGGGAUGUUCGGGGAGUGGAGAGCAUGGAGAUCUCAAACGCACCUCGGAAGCCUUUGAGGCUAUAGUGAGGGAUUACCAGGUCCUGAGACGCAGCAUUAAGGAAACCUCCCACACCAAGGAAGUCGAAGCGGUCUCAAAAAACUUGCCUGGUCAAGAAGGUGAAACCAAGACCCAAGAUUUGGCCAAGGUAUUCGCGGAGCUAAGAGACCUCUUCCAGGUUAAAGUCCCCGAUGAGAAGCAGAAGAUUCAGGAUAUCUGCACGGAGGCAUGUAACCUCGCCAAGUCUACGAAGAAGGGCAAGAAUCGGUGUGCAUCUCCGGAUAGGAAUAAGGGAGGAAAAGCAGAUGCCCCAGCAGAUGAUUGUGGAAUGCCCCCGAAGCCGAAGAAGCGUCGCCUGAAGGCCAAGCGACCCUACAAGUCCAAGUACUACUCCAUGUACCGCCCUCGGGAGGGAGCGAAGGUAAAGAAGGAUUGCCUAGAUGAAAUCAAGAAAGUACCUGGCCACAUGGGAUGGUUGUGGACUGCCCAUCCACUGGCCUCCAAGCCUGGUUGGCGGCCCGGAGCCAUCCGACGCUCCAUUCGCGGUCUGAUGAGGUACUUCCUCAAGGACUUUCCCGUGGAUAGCAUUCCCGUGUCCAAGUACAUGUCGUACUACAAUAACAAGAAGAAGCCAAAGGCUCGGCCUUGUGAGAAGCCGGAGGAGUUGGUCCAGGUGCCCACUCUGCAUAUCGAAAAGAAGAACGAUGUGUACACCAUAACCCUGCGUCCUCUAAAGGAUGCCAAGACGCUGUUACGCUCCGCCAAUCCCUACGUGAAAAUGAAGCCCGUUCAGUUCCGGAUCGUGAAGAAUCCUCUCUUGAAAGAGCUGCGCGACGUGAAGCGCUGCCUCAAGGGAAUGGGAUUCAGCAAGUGCUCCUGCCACAAGCCGCUGAUGACCUGCUAUUGCCGCAGUUUCGUGGAGAAGAAGACGCUGAUAUCCCAUGUCCGGAAGGAGUGCAAGCGUCGCAAAGUACCAUCCUUCGAGGACGACCUGGUGCUCACAGACACAUCGGACAGCGAAGCAGAGUUCGACUUCGGGGUGACUCCGCCGGCAGGCUUGAUGCAUCCGGAGCGCUUAAAGAGCUCCCAUGUUAAGCACACCGAGACGCAGUACGACGAGGCUGACUGGGUCUCGCCCAGUCUUUAUCCCCAUAUGCCCGAUGCCACAGUUCAGUACGCGGGCUGUGUGAUGGGCGAACGGCAGAAGCCGUUGAAAUGGAUCUAUGGGAAGGGCGUUAUCCAGGAGGAGCCCAAGCCGCCCAAGAUGAGGAACAUACCGAAGAAGCCGAAGAAAAAGAAGCCUGAGCCGGGUCGCGUUGCUGGAGGCUAUGCAGGGCAGGAGUACCAGGAUUCCUGCAUCUAUAAUCGGGUCAACAAUAUCUCCACGCAAACCAAGCCUCGCCCCCGCGUGCGAACUAUUGGACCCAUUCGCACUCCUCCAGAUUACAGUACGGACCCUGACCUCCCUCUGAGUGGCAACCACAUGAGGCUGCUGGAUCAAGCCGCCUAUCCACCCACUUCUCCCCACCGUCAGGAGCCUUGGUCCCGGGAAAUGGGCAAGGAGCGACAGAAGCAAAGGACAAAGCGAAGGACGAAGAAGAUGGUCCGGUUUGAUUCCACGAUAGAGCCUCGCUCCUCCGACAUUUCUAUCCAUUAGUUUCGUCAAACGUAUCGCUUGGACUUCCACAUUCUCACUAAUCCUAUCCACAUAUGAUUUUAGCCUACCAAUGUUCCGAAAGUAGUUAACCGCGUAAAAUUGUAAGUUUUAAUAAACA